AUGCACUUACAAAAUAAACAUGCUCAUGAACUGCUUGAAUUGGAAACCGCAAAUCCACCCAGAAGACCUAGUGUAGAUCCUAAAGAGAAACGUGCUCAAAAGCGAGUUAAGACUCCCAGUGCCCCUCAUAUUUUUACAACUGUUGCAGAUGGAACAGUACAAAUAGAAGGUGAUGUUCACUUCAUUACAGAUCCAAAUAUAACUCUUCAGAGCAUAGAUGAUGAUGGAUCAUCUAGUAACCAAAAUGUGCGGUUAUGCACAAAUGCUUGUUUUGAACAACCAGAAGUUGUAAAUAUUUUAUAUAAAUGUAGAUCCAUAGUUGCUCUUAUAUCUCAUAAUAAUACUUAUAAUGCAACACUAAGAAUGCAAGAACAAAUGAUGCAGUUGGAAGAGAAUACUUUGAGAAUGGAUUAUCCUCGUGUUUGGACAUCAACAUAUGUAAUGUUGGAACAACUCCUAAUAAGAAAAAACAUUAUUAUUUCAAUUCUGAAUACAGCUGAUAUCAUUGAAAGAGAUGGAUUUAUGUUAACUGAAGCCGAGUGGAAAAUUAUGGAAGACCUAGUUAUGGUAUUAGAACCUUUUAAAGUAACAAUUAUGACUCUUAGUGAAGAAAAGACUCCUCUUAUAUCUCUGCUCAAACCACUUCUAUGUCAGUUGAACAAUUCACACUUAAAAGCCAAAGACAGUGAUUCAGAAAGUGCCAAAAAUUUCAAGACUUCCCUCUCAGAAAAUUUAUCCACAAGGUAUAGUGAUCCAACAGUUAAUCAACUACUUCAAACAGCAACCAUGUUAGAUCCUCGUUUUAAAUUGUUACCUUAUGCAAAUGGGGAUGACAAAAACAUUAUAUCUGGACCUAUCAAAGAAAUGCUCAUUAAAUUUGUGGAAGAAGAACAGAUUUCAAAUGUUGGCGAAGAACCAUGUGAUAAAAAGAGUCGUUUGUCAGGAAUGGAGUUUUUGCUUGGAGAUCUAUGUAAUAGUAAAAAUGGUAUGCCUGCAGAAGAACGAGCAGAUCUGGAAUUAGUGCAAUACCAAUCCGAGAGCAUUGCUGCAUUGGACCACUGUCCACUGCAAUGGUGGGCUAAAGCGUCAGCAAAAUGCCCUAGUUUGGCGCGUUUGGCUCGUAAAUAUAAUUGUGUCCCAGCCUCAGCAAGUCCUCCUCAUCGCAUUCCUAUGGAAAGCCAAGUACUCUUUGAUCUUAGACGAGCAAGCCUGGGACCUGAUCUUGUUGAAAAACUUAUAUUUUUAAAUGGAAAUCAUAGUGUGUAGGAAAAUGUGUUCUCUUUAUCUAAAUUAAUAAGGUAGAAAAUUAUGUUUAUAUUUUUCGUUACAAAAAGAUUUUAUUAUUUGCCAUCUAAAGUGUCCCUAGAUUUGUUUUUAAGUAAACAUUAUACUGUGAUGUUACGAACAUGAUAUCAAUUUCUUUUGAUAAUCAAUGAGAUUAAAUGUUUUAGUGUGAAGAAAAAUUAAAUAUUAAUGUUUAUUUUUGCUAUUAUGAAAAUAAACGUUGAUUCUUUUUAUCCUGGAGGUUCACACCUUCAUAAGGGGCCUUAUAACUUGAAUCAUCAUCUAGAAAGACAUGGAAAUUGUUCAAAACACAAUCUUCUGUUUGAACUAGAAAAUUUAAAUUAUCAUCUUCAACUCAUGUUUGAACAUUAACAAAUGUUAGCAUAUAAUUGUGUCUCUCAUGCCUCACACUCUGAAUUGGAGAUCUUAUGUAUACUUCAUAACAGCUACUGUUGUGCAAAAGUUAUUUCUCUAAGAAUGUAUAUAGUGUACAAACUUUUCUAAUUGUUUCUUCUGAAAUAUUAUACAUGUACAUAUUUCCUGUUACACUCUGGUAACUGUAGCAUUAAGUAUGCAACUACAAUGCAUAAAUCAGUUUUAUUAAAAGGUACAUUCUCCUUAUUGUAAGUACCCAGUUUUAAUGUUAUUUCUGAUUUUUAGCUAGGUCUGGUGAAUACAUUUAAAAAUUAAAUACUGUUUCUUUCUCUACAUUAUAAAAAAAGAUGUGGGAUAUGUAGAUAACAUUAAGAUGUUUUGCAUUACAAAUUUCAUUAAAUACACAAAAACACUUCUCUUCCAUACAAAUUGAUAGCCAUUCCCUGAAAAAGUUUGUUCGCACAACACUGUAUUAAAGAUUUAAAAAAAGAAAAUUUUAAAGAUUAUUAACUUGCAAGAUGUAAUAGUAGAAAAGGAUGACUUAUUUCAGUUUACUUGUUUGUAAAAAGAGGUGUUAAACUUGUAAUUGAUU